CCAGUGAACCCCAUCCCAGUAAACCCUAUCCCAGUGAACCCCAUCCCAGUAACCCCCCCGCCCUCCGGCCCCUCUCUGGGCAGGGUGAGCGUCCCGUGGGGUUCCAGGGACCCCCAUGCUGGGGAGCAGCGCCCCAGGAUGAGCUGGACAAUGCCCUUUUCCUGGCCGCCUGCAGGGAGCUGGAGGCUCCCGAGGUGCCGGUGGCGGCCGGCGCUGCCCCGGUGCCCCCCCGGCGCUGCGAGGAGCCGCCGUGGAAGUGCCCAGGGAAGGAGAACGCUCAGGAAUGUGGGAUCCCCAAAAAGCUCCGGGUGGGAGAGGAGCUGGUCCCCAGCUCCAGGGGGCUGCAGGACAGGCAGGGCCCCCUCCCCAGUCCCAAACUGGUGCUGCGGCCCAGCGCGGCCGGUGCCUGCGCCCCCAGACCCUCCCCUUCGGCGGGAGAGCCGGGAAGCGCCGGAGGCUCCAUCCCUGCUCCGAGGGCUCCGUACAUGAGGCCUGUCCAAGCACCCCGAGCAGGGAGCAGCUCCCCGGUGCCCUGGACCCCCCCAGCACAGAGCAGCCCCCAGCCCCAGCUGCCCCCCAGACCCCCCUCAGGCCCCCCCAGCUCCGUGGAGCCUCCGAGGCCUCCGCUCCAGCAGCCCCCCAGCUUCCCAAAUCCCCCCGUGGCUCCCAACGCUCCCGGCCCCCCAAAGCCCCCGGUGGUCACCAACCACCUGGUGCAGCUGGUGACAGCGGCCAGCAAAGCCCCCGGGGGACCCCCGCGAGCCCCCCCACGCAGGGAGAGCCGGCGCUUCCCAGGGCCAGCCGGGAUCCUGCCCCAGCAGCACUCUGGGAAGCUGCUGGAGGAGAUCCUGGUGUCUGCUCCCCAAGCUCCGGCUCACGGGGCUGUGGCGAAGCCGCGGGCUCAGGCACUGCCCAGCUCCCCGCUGCCCACGGAGGAGGAUUUCGGGAAGGGGCCCUGGCUGGCCAUGAAGAUGGAGCUGGGGCUGGAUGAGAGAGAUCCCAGCUGCUUCCUCCACACCUACAGCGUGGUUAUGGUGCUCCGCAAGGCAGCCCUGAAGCAGCUCCCAAAAAACAAGGUCCCCAGCAUGGCUGUGAUGAUCAAGACCCUGACCAGGAGCAGCGCCGGCGCUGGCGCCGUGUUCCGGGACCCCACGGGGGAGAUGCAGGGCACGGUGCACCAGCUGCUGCUGGAGCAGAGGCAGAGCGAGCUCCGAGCCGGCUCCGUGCUGCUCCUGAGGCAGGUUGGGGUCUUCUCCCCCUCCCACCGCAACCACUACCUCAACGUGACCCCCAACAACCUCCUCCGCAUCUUCCCGCCUGAGCCCGAGGGCUGCUCCCCUCGGCAGGUCCCUGCCCAGGCUGAGCUGAUUCCGGACCCCCCUGCGCAGCCCCCUCAGGGUGUCCCUGUUCCUGAGGACUGGGGACAGUCGAGGACAAGUGGACACAGCGCAGAGCAGCAUCCUGGGGGCUCCUCCCUGUGCCCACCGAGCUCUGGUCCCAGCUGGGAAGAGCCGGUGGGAGCUGAUGGAUGUGACACGGAUGACCUGGACGGGCUCCUGGGAGAGCUGCCCGAGGAUUUCUUCUCAGCCCCGGCUCAGGUUGACUGCGGCUGAGCCCAGCAGCUGCUGUGAGGGUGACGGUGCUGGGGAGCAGGUGACACACCUGCCACCCUCCUGCUCCUGUCUCUGCGUGUCUGCGCUGUUUGUUGUGGAGCUGAGAGCUGGGGAGACCCGGGGGGGACGCGGGCUCAGCGCUGUCCCCGCUGCUCCGGGCACACCGGCCCCUCUCGCUCCCAAACCUGCA